GAAAAAGUGAAUCAGUUGAGCAGGUUGACUAAAACACCGAAGUGGUACAUAUAUCAAAUAAAUUUAAGGGGCAUGAUGAAGCAACCAACUCGAUUCCGCUCUGCGAAGUACAAACGCUUCUUUCAAUCGUCUUUCUGCGAUCCACUCUCUGGUUUUAUUCUAAGCGGUGGGAAAGGGAACGCUUUUGCAUGCAACAAUUCGGUGGAACGCAACCAUCGCAGUCUUUCAUUCUCUCUUCUUCUCACCCUAAGCUGCAACCUUUUCUCACUCCUCUCCUGCACUUGCUUAUCCAUUAAUCUGUACGGCGCUCUCAGGCAUGGGAGCUUCUAACUCUAAGAUUGAGGAAGACAAAGCACUAACACUUUGUCAGGAAAGGAAGCGCUUUGUCAAGCAAGCUCUUGAUGGAAGAUGCUUGCUGGCUGCUGCGCAUGUUUCUUAUGUCAACUCUCUUAGAAAUUCUGGAACUGCACUCACAAAAUUUGUUGAAGCCUUGGAUGAGGCUUCCCUGCUGACUUCAACUUCUAAAGCUCGUGAACCACAUAGUUCCCUUGUAAAACACAACUCACACUUGUCAAACACAUCCUCUCCAGCUCAUUCUUCUCCCCCCUCGCGAAGGUUUCAUGUGAAUCAUAUGGCAGCUGCCAGGAUUCCUUCGGUAACAAUUGAAGAGAGACCGCCUGUUCAACUAGCAGCAACUCUACAAACCUUAUCUCCUUCAAGCUGCUCAGAAUCACAUUCAAAAGUGAAUUCGUUUCAUGUUAAUCAUAUGAAAACUUCCAAGUUUGCUUCAACGACAAUUGAGGAGAGGCUUCCCACUCCAGUAAGAGCAAUUGUGGAAACAUCAUCUCCUUUGAAAAGUUUGCAACAAAAUUCAGAAGAGAACUCUUCGUCUGAGGCUCCUACUCCUCCUGGUAUUCCACCAUGGGAUUAUUUUGGGCCCUUCCAUCCAUUAGACAACCAAUUCUCCAUUGAAAGGAAGACGCUUGGUCAUGGGUUUGAUAAUGUAGAUUAUCUAAAACAUCUCAGGGAGGAGGAAGGCAUUCCAGAACUGGAAGAUGAAGGUGAACCAGCUUCGUUGCAUAAUAAGGAUGACGAUUCAGUGGAUUCAAGAGAUGAUUUUGAUCAAAUAUCUGAUGAACCCUUUGUUCAAAUCUAUAGAAACCGUAAUGAUGGGUCAGGCGAUCCAUUGAACGCAUCUCUUGCUAUCCCAUCUGCAGACGGCAUUGCUUCUGGAAAUGAUGAGGAAAAUGGCGAACAUAUUGGGUCAAACCAUGGUUUACAUCAUGAAGAAAUCUCUAUGAUAAAAUUCCAGAAGACCUCACCAACCACAGCUGCACUUCUGAUGAAUGGAAUGGAGAUGGAGAAUGGAUCUGGAAGUAAAUCAAGUGAGGACUACUUAUCAUGUGUAAAAGAGAUCGAAAUUCUAUUUUUAAAGGCAUCCGAGUCUGGAGAAGAGGUUCCAAGGAUGCUAGAAGUAAACAAAAUGCAGUUCCGCCCAUUAUCAACAGAAGAAACUGCUUACAAAUGGAAGGCGUCUGCAUUUCUUACAGCUUGCUUUACUUGCGGCGAGGAAGAGGUCCACCAUUCACAAGUUCCUGCGUCCAAUGAGAUGAAAUACUUGCCAUGGCAUGGUUCUAUGUCUUCGAUCUCUUCUUCAUCGAGAAUUCCUUCUGGUACAGCAACAAAAGAUGAUUCUGAGGAUUUGAACAGUAAUCUUCUUGGCAGCACUUGCAUGAAUUCAGGGAGUCAUGCAUCCACAUUGGAUAGGUUGUAUGCAUGGGAAAGAAAACUUUAUGAUGAAGUUAAGGCUAGUGGUUUCAUCCGAAGGGAGUAUGACUUGAAGCGCAGGAUGUUAAGACAGCAAGAUUCGAGAGGAGAAAGCGCCUACAAAAUUGAUAAAACCCGUUCUGCUGUAAAGGAUUUGCAUUCAAGAAUUAGAGUUGCCAUUCAUAGGAUCAACUCUAUAUCGAUGGCAAUUGAAGAGUUAAGGGAUAAGGAGCUACAGCCACAACUAGAGGAGUUGAUUGCAGGCUUAACUCGAAUGUGGGCUGUGAUGCUCGAGUGCCACAAAAACCAGCACAAACUCAUCUCAGACGCAAGCAACAACAUCAGCUCUAAAGUUUCAGUACAUUCGGAGUCCCACCAGCAGGCAACCCUUCAUCUCCAGCAAGAGCUCAAUUCUCUCAGUUCAAACUUCAGUAAAUGGCUUUCAAAACACAAAUCCUAUCUAAAAGCCAUAAAUAACUGGCUACUCAAGUGUGUCCUCAUGCCUCCUGCGCCGAAACAGAAAUCUUCAAGGAGAAGGCCACCUCAAUUCUCCCCUCGAACCGAUAUCGCUCCACCAAUCUUCGUAACUUGCCGAAACUGGCUAGACCUAAUGGACGAACUUCCUGAACAAGAAGUGGAAGAUGCCAUAAGUGAUCUGAUUGAAGUCACAGGUCUCUUCCUGCCUCGCACAGAAAAGGGUAAUGGCAGCUUAAGAUCUACCUUCUCUCUUUCUCGGCGAGUUAAAGGCGGCGAACAUUAUGAGGAGAUUGAGAGAAACGAUGUAUCUGUUGAUUGGAGCUUGAACUAUGAUAGUUUGCAGUCCAGUUUAGUCGUCUUCUUUGAUCGGUUGAAGUCCUUUGCAGAAUCCUCACUUGUUAAAUAUGAAGCUCUAGAGAAGGCUAUCCUCGAAGCCAGGUUUCGGUACGAGAAUUAUGAUAACCAUCGGUAAUGUCGCGGAAGUGUUGUCGAUAUUGUGAGAAGCACCAUGUGGAGGAGGACAUUCAUGACAGGCCAGCAUAUAGUCUCAAAAUGAUCCCUAGAUUGUGGUCAUUUUAGUCCGAGAGUUGAUCAAAGUGCCAAAUUUGUCUCCAUCCUUUUUUAAUCUGAGUUAAAUUACUCCUUAGGGAGGACUAUUUUUAACUUUCAUUAAAAAGGUUGGGAUUAAAUUGAUAUUUUUAUAAACUCUGAGAUUAAAAUGAUCCCACAACAAAGAGUCACCGUAUCAUUUUGACAAUGUUAUCUAUUUUUACCAAAUGAUUGAGGGGCCAGUGUUCUAUUCCAUGCAAUGGGAUCAGGGAAUAAAUAUGGCUGUUUUUAUUAAGAGUGUUUUAUGGGAAUAACCACAUUAAUAAGGUGUUGUAAGUUUAAUACAUGUAGGUUUCCACAUGACAUUGUAAGCUUAAUUGAGUUCUGGGUGUAGGAAGCUGAGCUGGUUAGUUGGCUCACAUGUAAAGGUUUGGGUGGUGGAUUAACUGAUGUUCAUGGCGUAUUUUAUUUCAUGUUCUUUGGAUUAUUUACUAAUUGGUAUCAGCAAAUAUAAACAGUUCCAGAGUUUCUGUUUUU